CUGCUCUCGCGCACGUCGAGGAGUUUAAUUAUUUUACCGCAUUCAACUGCAGUUCCCCCACUCCCUCCCUCCCUCCCUCUCUCUCUAUCUCUCUCUCUCUAUAUAUCUCUCUCUACAGCGAGCAAGCGCGUGCGUGAGUAAGAGAGAGAGAGAGAGAGAGAGAGGGAAAGAGGGAGGGUGGGCGAGAGAGAGAGAGAGAGAAAGAGAGAGAGACACAUACACACACAUACCCAGCCAGAUCAACACCUGUACGCCCAGGCAGACGCAGUGCUCCGGCGAGCUUCUGGAAAAAAGCCCUGAAAACCAACGAUACUUCGACGCUUAUGCUUCCAGACCAGUCCAGGAAAACCCGGGGACUACCAGGAACAGUUGGAAUAAAGCUCAAUCCCUUUUUGAUGGAAUGCUGACAAAACAAAAGACUCGCUCCUCAACACAACGCUCAACACCAUCCAUCGCAAUGUGGACUGACGAACGAUGUACGGACUGAACCUUAAGAAUUAAAUGAUAGCCAUUUAAACAUUGAGAUUUUUAGAAAAGCUCAAACCUUUCCACUCUGACUGGACUGAUGGAUUGAUUGUUUGACUGACUGAUGGAUUGAUUUUUUUCUUUUGCCUUUUCCAACUCAAUGGAUUUUUCCUGCUACCGCAGCUCAGCAGAAGGGUGAUAGCAGUAGUUCCAGCACCACCAGCAACACUGAGCUCCAAGCUGUUAAGCUUUCUUCAAUCGUAACCGAAAAUGCAAAAGCAGGCAAAGAAGAAGCUGGAACAUGUAAGGAUUUAUAUGAUUAGAGAUAAGGAUUGAGCUUCCUUUCUUCACCUUUCUAUCUACGUACCUACCAAUCUACUUCAUCUACUUGUCUGCAUCUCUUUCCCUUUUUCAUCUCUUGCCUUUUCUGGCCAUGGACUGUAUUAAUCAGAAUCAAAGCUGAGCCGAGACCCUCAGGAAGGGAGGGAGGGAGGGCUGUGGAUUUCAGCACCACGCUAGAAACGGACAGCUCCCACCGCGUUUAGAACUACGGACUGAGAAAGAAAAAAACCCAACAAUGAACAAGUAAACAAGUACAAAAGGACAAGACAAGAACAAAACGUUGAGGGACGGAAAAAAAGAGAGACUUAAAAGCAUUAAACUGUAUCCCUCUACCGGAUUUGUACCGUGCAAAUGCAAGGUCAGUGAGCGAUUUAGUGGGCUUAAAAAAGAAAAAAAAGAAAGGAAAAAAAUAUAAAAAAGAGAUAAAUAGAUAGAGGGGAGCGAUGCUGCCCUGUCUUGUUGUACUGUUGUGUCGUGUUGUUACAGAGAACGCGAACGCACACGAAACACACAAAAAAAAACGAGUUCAGUGAUGAGCAGCAUAGUGAUGAUGGUCACAAUGAUGAUGACGAUGAUGAUGGAGAGAUAAUGAUAAAGGUGAUACAACAACCGUGAUGAUAAAAAAAAACAAUGCUGAAUCUAAUUCACUGAGGAUUCUCUGAGUUUGUCCACGACUUCGGCGGCGACGGGCAUGCGUCGGACAGAGCCCUGUUUCAGGCUGGCAUGGAUGUAACGACCACAAACUGCCGUCUCCUCUCUUUUGCCUGGUGAUGCGAGUGCGCACGAGUGUGUGCGUGCGCGAGAUGUGCAUGUGCGCGAGUGUGUGUUCUUCCCCUCCUUCCGUGCUGGAGGAGCCGAGUGCGUCCACUCCUACCCACUGAUUGCGUUCAACAACUCGGAUACGGGGAUGAUUUGCUUGCGUCGAUAAAAAUGCUGCUUUGGAUCGUCUUGCUGAAGGCGGCUCUCUGCGUGGCUACUGGGAACGUGACGAGGGACGUGUGCAAGGAGCAGAUCUGCUCCUGCAGCGCCAUAGAGGGCGACCUGCACAUCGACUGCGAGAAGCGAAGCUUCACCAACCUGCAGCACUUGACUGGUCCGAGCUCCCAGUUUUACCACCUCUUGCUGCACGGGAACUCCUUGUCGAGGCUGUUCCCCAACGAGUUCGCCAACUUCUACAAUGCCGUCAGCCUGCACUUGGAGAACAACGGCUUGCACGACAUCGUGCCAGGCGCCUUCCUCGGACUGCAGCUCGUCAAGAGGCUGCACAUCAACAACAACAAGAUACGCUCUUUCCGAAAGAGCACGUUCCUUGGCCUGGACGAUCUGGAGUACCUCCAGGCUGACUUUAACCUUCUUAGAGACCUAGAUCCUUCUGUGUUCAGGGACUUGAGCAAGCUUGAGGUUUUGAUCCUGAACGACAACCUCAUCAGCGCGCUCCCAAUCAAUGUGUUUCAACACGUACCCAUCACGCACCUCGACCUACGAGGUAACCGGAUAAAAACAUUGCCUUAUGAAGGGGUACUAGAGCAGAUACCAGGAAUAGUUGAAGUUUUAUUGGAGGACAAUCCUUGGGACUGCAACUGUGACCUCGUUUCUUUAAAGGAGUGGCUCGAAAACAUCCCACAGCGGGCCCUCAUUGGCCGGGUGGUUUGCGAGGCUCCCGCGAGGCUCCAGGGCAGCGACUUAAACGAAACGGCGCAAUCCGAGCUGUGUCCGUCAAAGGAUGGUGCCGAUUCAAGCUUGGCAGCGCCACCCACGCAACGUGAAGCCUCAGACUUGGGCCCUCCGCCCACAAUAUUGGUUACUGAGGCGCGCUCGGGCCGUGGACGCCCCAAAGCACGAGAGAACUGGCAGCUGAAAGCACCUACCAGCACUGCAGGAGAGAGGGAAGUAGCUCCGCCUUUCAACUGCAACGCCACUGGCACUUGCCCUCAGCCAUGUGUCUGCAAGCUGAUCGGCACGAGGCAGGGGCUUGGUGUGAACUGUGAAGGCAAGAAGAUAGAGAAUGUUUCCAACCUGAAACCCAAGCCGUUGGGUGCGCACGAGCUCAACCUGCGAGACAACAACAUCCACACCAUCAGAAGACUGCAAUUCAGGGGCUUCGCAAACCUGAAUUUGCUUGAUCUUGGGGGCAACAACAUCAAAGUGAUUGAAAAUGGCACUUUUCAGAACCUGAGUGAGCUGCGGUGGCUCUACAUGGACAAGAACUACUUGGAUACCCUCAUGGCGGAUAUGUUCGUGGGUCUGCAGAACCUGGAAUACCUUAGUUUGGAGUACAAUGACAUCCAGCUGAUAGUGGCGGGCACUUUCAGCCCCAUGCCCAACUUGCGCGUGCUGUUCCUCAACAACAACUUGCUGAAGUCGCUGCCUGUGGACGUAUUUGUGGGAGUUUCCCUGUCCAAGAUCAGCUUGCACAACAACUACUUCACGUACCUUCCCGUGGCGGGCGUUCUGGAACAGUUGUCCUCUGUCAUUCAGAUCGAUUUGCACGGGAACCCUUGGGAUUGCUCGUGCAACAUUGUACCGUUCAAGCGCUGGGCUGACCGACUUGCCUCGGACGUCAUCGUCAGCGAUCUCAAGUGCGAGUCUCCAGAAGAGUUCUGGAAGAGGGAUUUCCGGAGGAUCAGGGAUGACCUCAUGUGCCCGCAGCUUUUUGACAAGGGCCCGACCUCCACGGCGACGUCCAGGAACGGCACUUUGGCGUCUGGAGAUGGUGGGACACGCUCUGGAUCCUACCUGGAACCCAGCCGAGUGUCCAUCUCCGUUCUGGUGCCGGGCCUCUUGUUGGUCUUCGUCACGUCCGCCUUCACUGUGGUUGGAAUGCUGGUGUUCGUCUUGCGCAACCGUCGCAGAUCCAAACGCCGGGAGGGCAACUCCUCUGCCUCCGAAAUCAACUCCCUGCAGACCGUGUGCGAUUCGUCUUACUGGCACGGUGGCGCUUACCAUGCGGACGGACCCCACCGGCCUUACGAGUGCGGUACCCACACACUUUCUGACAAAUGAAGCCCUUGGGGUUGAGGAGAAACAUGCGCAGGGGAGAAAAAAUGCGCAAAAUAAGAGGAAAAAAAACGUUGCCUGAAGGUGACGUGCACUGCUGCUGUGACAUAGGAGGAAAAGGACGUCGGGAGCAUACUUUCGCACUUGCUUCUGUUGGGAAAUAGCCUAUUUUUUAUUCUCUUCACUUGACUAUGGUCUUUAUGAGCCAGUGCCAUGGAACCGGUAUUGUAAAAUAGGCAAGGAGCACUGCUGCUGCUGCGGGACGAUUGGAGAAUAAGGACGAGAAUACGGCCCGUCCUUCCGCCUCUCGCCUCCUUGCGCCGCCUGUUUGGGAAUUAUGGCCUAUUUUUAUUCACUUUAGUUGACUUCAGUGUUUAUGAGCCACUGCUAUGGAACCAAUAUUGUAAAAUAUGUACAGGGCACCUUCCCUCCCACCCUUCCCACAACUCCUGUGCUCUUUCCCUUCCUCCCCUGCCUCUUUCCCUCCAGUCCUCCCUCGCUCCCUCCCCCUCCUCCCUCCAUCCUUCCCCCCCUCUCCCUCUCUCUAUCUCUCUCUCUCUCUUUCUGCCGCAUUCAGACUGAAAACUGAGGAAACAGGGGACCUGAAAAAUGGUGCACGAGUGCAAUGUGCAUGAAUGUAAUGUACAUAAGGAACUGUAACAUAUCUGCAUGAUUCGCAUGGUUUCGACUCACACUGGGAACCAUACCAUAGUUACAAAGAUGCCAACUCUCUCAACCCUUCUUUCAUGAUAUCAGUAUAAAUAUAUAUAAAUAUAUAAAUAUAAAAAAUCAAACUCUAUAUGAAUAUAUUAAAAGUGCCAUUUCUCUAUUUUUCGUGGAAAAUGCGAUUAGGAUUUGUAUUUGUUGUUUCGUUUCCGAGGGUGAAAAAAAAACACUAAAGUGGCGUUCUGUAGACGACGGAAGCGGAAUGCAUGUAGGUGACUCUUUCUGUUCCGUUCUAUCAUUUGACUGAUUGUUGGUAUCAGAAUUAUUUAUAUAUAUUAUCAUUUUGUGCGGAUCCUCCAGAGGGUCCCGCGCCGUCAUCUCCUUUAUGAAUGUAUUAUUGUGUUACAAUGCAGUGUGCCAAUCGCUGACCUUCGGGGACGCAGAUAUAAGCAUGACCAGUUAACGUCAUACCGGCGCUUAUUCUGCAAAUUUAGCUGAAAAAACAAUGUAGCUGAACUGGUUGGUGAUUUCUUGAUCUCGUGUGCGACGAUGGACAGACCCUGCAGGGUCUUGGAGAAGGUCUCUGAUGGAAUAUCUUACUUCUCUUUUUUUAAACUUAGGUUUUUUUAAUUUUAUGAUUAUUUCAUUUUCAAAUGCAACAUGUUUAAGGUUUUUGAUGUUCCGGUAUGUGAAAAAUAACCAAGGUUUUUGAGACUCGAUGGACGAUGGAUUCCUUCGCAAAAGCCUGUGACUAUUACUCUUAUUCUUAUAUUAUAAUUAUUCACGUUUAAUUAUCGUGAGCUUUCGUAAAGCCAUUGAUUUCAUCCAAACAGGAGAAAGGGAAAUGGCAUUUUUUCUUUCUUUUUUCUUUUCUUUUUUUUGUACCUGACAUGUCCUUAACUGUGAAUCAAAGCGAAGCGGUGUAAAUAUAUAUCCACUACACAGAAAGGCUGAGAGACUGGAGGCACGGCGACCGUUGUACAGGCAUAGGUUUACUUACUUUGAGGCGAAAGGCCGCCUCUAGAUGUCGCUGUUGCAUCUCAACUCAGUUAGAAGCCCAGAGUCUGAGCUCCUUUGGUGGUGCAUUGGAGCUGAGCAGCUCCUCCAAGCAGUAGUUGCUGUUCUCCUUCGGUCUGAUCUGGGAUCAGGUCCUGACGACCCAAAAAUGCUUUGUAUCCGUCGUUUGUUGCGAGACCUGCCCUCAGAUCAGCCAGAAUUAGGACUUUGAGUUCUAUGAAAACCCACCCAUCACUGUUCACACCAUCCAAACUAGCAGGCAUUCGCUUUUUCUUUUUUCUUUUUUUUCUCUCGAUUUCUUUCCAACAUUACAUCUCUUACAGGCAAGACAACAGAACCUCAGUUAGCGAAACCUAAAAAUGUAGUCAAAUAUAUACUUUUAUGCAACGUUAUCUCAUGCAGCUCAUGAGUUCAUGCUGUUUUCUACGUAUGUUUCAAUGCAGCAGACAAAACAGAGGAAAAUUGCUUUUGAGUUUGGCGUAAAACAGGCUUUAUUGGUUUCAUUAGAGCAGUGGUUCUCAAACUGAUGGUCCACAAGGCUUCGUUGAUGACGUUGAUGACGAAGAGUGAGAUUUCAUUGUAGACCAACAUCUCAGUUCUUCAAUGUUGCAACUAAAGUACUAUCAUUAAAAAUCUUUAAAUCAGUUUAUUAGUCCUUACAAUUGAACCCUGAGUUAUACCACAAGAUAUGCUAAAAAAAACAAGUUACCAAGGUGUUACCAACAAGUUUUUGCCUUAAAAUUAUACAUAAAUAAUUAAUCUAGGGUUUUUAGAUGAUGCCAUGUAUACUUUGUAGUUCACUACAUCGUCUUACACUCCCCCGUUGUUUUCCUCAGUCUCAAAUAUGUUUGAACUAAAUUUUUGGCUGGAUCAGCUGAAUAAGCAAAAAGAGGAAUAUUUUUUUUAUCAAACAAUACCAUUUUAGCAAACAAUCCAAACAAAUUGUGAAGGCACUCUUUGUAAAAGCAGAAAUGGACAAAAAAGUGGAAAAAUGAACAAAAAUCUGCAUAAUUUUGUUUGGUUUCAAUUUUUUUGGACAAUUCUGUUCCAUUAUUUGCAACCAAUCCAAACAAAUGAUGAAUGUCAGUAUGGAGUAAGCCACUUUUUUUAAAAGCAGAAAUGGUGAAAAAAGUGGAAAAAUUAAAUAAAAAUCAGCUUAAUUUUAUUUGGUUUAAAAUUUUGGGUAAAUCGAUUCCAUUAUUUGCAAACAAUCCAAGCAAAUUGCGAAUGCCACCAUGGAGAAAGGCAUUCUUUGUAAAAGAAGAAAUGGUAAAAAAGUGAAAAAAUUGAAUAAAAAUCAGCUUAAUUUUAUUCGGUUUAAAUUGUUGGACAAUUUUAUUCCAUUAUUUGCAAAUGAUCCAAACUAAUUGCGAAUGCCAGUUUGGAGAAAGGCAUUCUUAGUAAAGGCAGAAAUGGUCAAAAAAAGUGGAAAAAUUGAAUACAAAUCUGCUUUAUUUCGUUUUUGGAAUUUUUGGAUAAUUCUGUUCCAUUAUUUGCAAACAAUCCAAACAAAUUGACAACAAAAUUUUGUUUUGAUAAAAAUGUUGGACAAUUCUGUUUAAAUAUUUGCAAAUUAGCCAAACUAAUUGUGAAAGCCAUGGAGUAAGACUCUCUUUUUAAAACAUUGUUUCUCUUUUGGAAACAUUUUUUUAUAAAAAUCUGCUUAAUUUUAUUUGGUUUACAUUUUUGAACAAUUCUGCUCCAUUAUUUGCAAACAAUUCAAACAAACUGUGAAUGCAAUGAAGUAAGGCACCCUUUGUAAAAGCAGAAAUGGUCAAAAAAAGUAGAAAUAUUUCAUACAAAUCUGCUUAAUUGUGUUUGGUUUAAAUUGUUUUUGACAAUUGAGUUCCAUCCCUAGUCUCAAGCUUUCCAAAAUUUUCAAAAACAACAUCCAAACACUGCUGGAAUCCACAACUUUGAACCACAAUUUGGUCCAACCAAAAGAUUUUUCAAAAGAAAUUAAAAAAAAUAACUAGGAUACAGUUGGUUUGCAGUGUGAAAAGUCUUUAUUUAGAACAAUUGCAGAAAAUGUAAUCAGUUUUUUGUCACCAUUAAACAAUAGAAGAAGAAAAAGAACUGGUGUUGUGUGGAAACCUGUCAGAUUACGGUGCUGGUGAUUCUGUAUCUACUGUAACUGUAGAUUAAAUCUUAUUUAUAAACAGAAACUAAAGGAAUUUAAUGGGAAUCUGAAAUGUGGACUUUUAUUUGAGAACCACUGUUCUAGAUUUUUGUUUGUGACAUCAUAGUCUGUUUUUACGAUGAAAAACUAUUUCCUUAGCGAGUUUCAUUAGCGAACAAGGAAACACAUGUCGAUUCUUUUCGGGCCUGAAUAUACAGUAAUGUAUGGCCUCUAUCUCAGUACUGUGAAGAACAAGGUUCUGAUUGGUCAAUUUUUAAGCCAUUUAUAGCAAAAUAAUGCAGCACACACUUAUGAUACAAUAUAUACAGACUCAUUAAAUAUAUGAAUUUGCCCUCCUUAAUGUUGCACUAUGUUGUUAAAAAGAUGUUGAAAAAAUGUCAGAGCUUUUCGUUUUAAAUAACGUUUCACUUUGGUUAAAUGUAAAAGAAGAAAAAAUGUAUUUUUGAAGUGGUUGAAAAGAUGUUUAUGUAAGGAUGUAUUUUCCAGGUAUAUAUUUGGUUGAAAGUUAAAACAACACACAUUAACGUCUUUUCAACCACUUCCAAAUACAUUGAUUCAACUUUAUCUUUCGAGCAAAUCAAUAUGUAGAAAAUGUGUCUUUUUGAAGAGGCUUAAAAGAUGUGGAGUUAAGGAUGUGUUUUCCACAUAUAUAUUUAUUUAUAAGUCCUCACAUGAAAUGUCUUUUUUUAAUCACUUCAAAACACAUAAUUUCAACUUUAUCUUUCAAGCAAAUCUGUUUAUGUAGAAUUUGUAUUAUGUAUUUUGAAGAGGUUUAAAAGAUGUUAAUGCAAGGAUGUACUUUCCAACUACGUCAAAAAGACGUCUUUUCACCUUUUAUCAAAUCUAUAGGUAGAAAAUAAUUCUUACAUAAGCAUCUUUUCAACCACAUCAAAAAAAGACAAUUUUUUAACCUUAAACAAAAAAAAAACUGUAGAUAAAAAAAAUACAACCUUAAGUAAAAAAUAUAUUUUACCCAUUUCUGGAAAGAUGUUGCUUUGAAGUGGUUGAUAAGAUGUUUAUGUAAUCACAUAUUUUUCACAUAUCUAUUAAAGGAAGGACUUAUUAACCACUUCCAAAAGACAUUGUUUCAACUUCAAUUUUCAAGCAAAUCUAUUUUUAGAAAAGACGUCCUUUAGAAGAGGUUGAAAAGAUGUUUAUAUGAGGACUAAAAGACUCCAAAAAGGAUAUUUCUUCAACUCUGUUUUUUAGAAAAAUCUGUAUGUAGAAAAUUCCUUUUAAUAAAAAGUUACAUAAACGUCUUUUUGAAGUGGUUGAUAAGAUGUUUAUGUAAGGACAUAUUGUCUCUGUACAGAUUUUUACGUCCUCACUUUGAAUGUCUUUUCAACCAUUUCCAAAAUACACAGAUUCAACUUCAGCUUUUAGGCAAAUCUAUGUAUAAAAAAGACGUAUUUUUUAAAUAGGUUAAACAGAUGUUUAUAUUGUUCAGCCAGAUUUGUAUGUAGAAAGUUACAUAAAGGUAUUUUCAACCACGUCAAAAAGACAUCUUUUCACCUUUUACUGAAUAUAUAGUUAGAAAAUAUGUCCUUAUAUAUUUUAAAGUGGUUGAUAAAAUGUUUAUGUAAGAACAUAUUGUUUCCGAACAGAUUUUUACGUCCUCACUUUAAAUGUCUUUUCAACAACUUCCAAAAGACUUCCUUCAACUUCUUAAGCAUAUCUAUAUAGAAAAGACGCCCUUUUGAAAAGGUUGAAAAGAUGUUUGUAUGUGUAAUAAAAGACUCCAAAAAGAAUAUUUCCUCAACUCUAUUGUUUAGAAAAAUCUUAUUAAUAAAAAGUUACAUAAAGAUCUUUUCAACCAUGUCAAAAGACGUCUUUUCACCUUUUACUGAAUUAUAGUUAGAAAAUAUAUUCUUACAUCUUUUAAAGUGGUUGAUAAAAUGUUUGUCUUUUCAACCAAUUUCAAAAGAUUUUAAAUCAUCUUUUAAGCAAAUCUACAAUAAUAAAUGAUGUCCUUUUGAGGAGAUUGAAAAGAUGUUUAUAUGAGGACUAAAGACUCCAAAAGGACGUUUCCUCAAUUCUAGUGUUCAUCCAAAUCUGUGUAAAGAAAAUAUGUUUUAGCAAUAUGUUAUAUUUAACAAAAACCACGUCAAAAAGACAGCUUUUCACCUUUUAUCAAAUCUAUAAGUAGAAAUUUGUUCUUACAUAAGCAACUUUUUAAAUAUGUCAACAAAAAAACACAACAAAAUCUAAACAUCAACAAUAUAAUCUGACAUAAACAUACAUUUUUUAAGUGAAGUGGUUGAUAAGAUGUUUAUGUAAGGACAUAUUGUCUCUGUACAGAUUUUUAUGUCCUCACUUGGAAAGUCUUGUCAACCACUUUCAAAAGACACGGUUUCAACAUAGCUUUUUUGAGCUUUUUAAAUGGUUUAAACAGAUGUUUAUAUGAGGACUAAAAGACUCCCAAAAAUAUAUUUUCUGAACCCCAGUGUUCGGUACAAUCUGUAUAUAGAAAAGACCAUCUUAACAAAAGAAAAGUUUGAAGUUGUUCAAAAGAUGUUUAUUGUAAAGAUGUGUUUUUUAUGUAUAUAUUUUUAAGUCCUUACAUGAAAUGUCUUUUCAGCCAUUUCCAAAAGACAUGGUUUUUAACUUCAACUUUCAAGCAAAUCUAUAUUUGAAAAGAUGUCCCUUUGAAGAGGUUGAAAAGAUGUUUAUAUGAGGUCUAAAAGAAGACUAAAAGAAGUCUUUUUUAGCUUUUAAUUUCAACCAAAUCUUUUCAAAUUUUCUUUCACUUUUGACCAAAAUAGAUUAAAACGUUUCAACAAAAAGCUCUGUCCUUUUUCUGCGUCAUAUUAACGAUAGCGUGCUGCAGGGGGGAGCAUUUCUGUAAUAACAGCUUUAUUAUUAUUAUUAUUUUUAUUAAUUUUAGUUAUAAUUUUUAUUCCAGGGCAUCUAUUCUCUUUUCUCUCUCUCUCUCUUUUUUAUCUCUCUUUGUGUCAAUCUCUCUCUAUAUCAUCACGUUUGUGGAGGGGCAUUUACCGUCUGUCUCUCCACUCUGGAAUACUGUAACCCAUUCAUGGAUUAUGGCUCAGUGAUUAUAAUUUCUUGCAUUUAAUUUUUUGCAUUUUUAACCCUUUCCUUCCCAAAUCCAGAGAAAAAAAUCAAGAAUACUGUGUCUCAAAGAGUUGGAUUUCUUUGCUAUUUUGCUACGUUCCACCUGCUUAACUGUUUGGUUAAAUAAAGUGUGGUUGAGGUUGA